AUGACAGUUCAGCAGAUGGAAGAAAAUGGGUAUGAAGCCGCUUUGGAUCAAAUCGCUUCACUCCUUCAAAGGCCUGAUCAAUUGGAAAAGCUUCCAGAAAUGCGCAAGCGGGCUGAUAGAAAAAAGGCUGCAGUAGAAGCUAUGCUACGUACGGGAGUUCAAUCGCAAUUGGAAGGGAUUCGUACAGCCAUCGCACAUUUGCAUACUGCUUCUGAGGAUAUUAGUGCAAUUGAGACGGGCAUCGCGGCUAUUCGGCAUCGUCUCACGCCAUUUCCACAGCUUCGAGAGAAAAUGCGCGAACUACGCGAUGCUAAUGCGCGACACGGACAGUAUGCUGCUGCAAUGGAGAACUUGAAACACAUCUUCAACAUCAAUCAGACAAUUCACGACACUAAAGUGGCUUUAGAUCAAGGAAAGUUGCUUGCGGCUCACAAGAACAUCAUGGAUUUGGAGUUAGCGCGAGACGAACUUCUUUUCGAAGUGCAUAAGUCGAAUUCACCGAAUAAAGAUUACGAGAAAAAUCUCCUUAUCACGUUUUUCAUCAAAGUAGAUGAACUAGUCACGGACCUUAGCAGUAAUAUGUGGUUUGUGAUUGGUCGUGCAUUAGAAAUGGUAAAAGGUAGCGAAACAGGCAGUGGCCCCCAGGAGCUUGUCACAUGUAUUCGUAUUGUCGAACGAGAGGAACGUAUUGAUAACUAUUACUUAGAAAAGAAGGCUCAUGGUAGUGCAUUCAUGCCUCCAGGUCGACCUCGGCAAUUAAGAAAGAAAGCUUUUGAGGUUCUCGAGAAAACUGUUUGGAGCCGCGUCGAGGGCAACCAACUCGAGGAUCGUAGCUUAAAUAAAGCCUGGCUUGCCAGGUACCUCGAAGUUUGCCGAAAGGUAAUCGUAGACGAUCUGCAACUGGCUCGUGCCGCAGUCCCUUGCUUUCCUCCAGACUACCAAAUUUACGACAGAUUUGUUCACAUGUAUCACAACUGUGUGUGCAAACGGCUUCGUGAAAUUGCUGCAGAACGUCUGGAGAAAAGUGAGGUUGUUCAGUUGUUAAGUUGGAUACAAACCUAUGGUGCAGAAGAGUUGUUGGGCAAUCGUCGUUUACAAAUUAAUACUGUUGCACUAUUGGAAGAUGUUCCGGUGCUGUCGAGAACGACACUCAACUCAUUGUAUGACAGUUUCAUUGAAAUGACACGGAAUGAUAUGAAGAUCUGGCUUGAAAAGACACUGAGUGCUGAAAAGGAUGACUGGAAUAAACAUGUGCGUCCGGAUGAGGAUAACUUUGGUUAUUUCUACACUAGCUUACCGAAUAUUAUGUUUGGAAUGCUGAGGGACACGGUUACCCUUGCUAAAGAAGUGAGCGUAGAAGUGAUUCCGAACGUCAUAAAUUUGACAAUAGAAGAGUUUUUCGCCUUCGCAAAUUCUUAUAAAGAUGCUUUUACGGCCUAUCGCAACAAGUACUUCGAGAACAGGAGCAACUUCAGAGAAUUCACAUCUACUAUGAUUGCAAUAGCUAACAAUCUGCACACUUGCAUCGAAUCCACAGAUAAGUACAUGCAGCAGGUUCGUUUAUCCAUGGAGAACGAUGAACAGCAGGACUGUAGCAUUGCUGGCCGACGUGCUGUUGGCCGCCAACAAAUCAUCGACAACAUAGACCGUCUUAACGCGAGAUGGAGUAGUGCUGUUGGCGUCGCAGUUAAUUUCCUGCUUGAAGAAAUAUGUGAGGAUCUGAAUCCGCACCUUGCAGAGUUGUUUUCUAGAAAAUGGCUCGUCGGCUGUUCAGCUCCGGAAACCAUUUGCAUGACUGUGCAAGACUACUUCGCUGACCACCGUCAUCUUCGCCCAGCUACGCGAUGUGCGCUUUUGAUGGACCUGCAGUUCAGAAUAGUUGGCGAAUACCUCAAAGCGAUCGAUUCUCGUCGUCUAACGUUUGCGACGUACGAGGAACGCUCAGCAGCAGGUUCUCGUAUGAAGGCUGAUGCUACACGGCUAGAGACUUUAUUCCAGCAACUUCUCGAUACUGGAGAUAUUAGCGAGCCAUUCUCUCUGGUGACGUCGUUAAUCUCGAGCUGCGGUGAUGUAAUUAGCCUUCGUGACAAAUCACUGCUCACACUUGAAGUGACAACAUUUAGUAGAAAAUAUCCGAAUAUCCCACUCGACUUACUUGCAGCUCUCCUUGCGAGUCGAGAUGAUGUUUCACGCAGUGAAGCGAAAUCAAUGGCCGAAGAGGUGAUGUCGCACGUGCAGUUCCAUCCAAAAGAUCGUGUCCUCGAUCAGUUGUUUGCAUCCGUGAUCGGCCGCAGCGACUCUUCUUCGUGGAAGCCCAAUUUGGACAUGAUGAAUAUGUUGUCGUCAUUCAUGCGAAGAGACCAGCCUCAGUCAUAG